UUGAAACGAAAUGAAAAUUCUGAAAUGUGUCGCUUAUAGCGUUACAUUAAACACUUUGUGGCAGUUGCUCAAGUAGACCAUGACUUAUAUGGAUAGGAACUGUGAGAUUCGUACUGCUUGCAAGAAAUUGCUAAAGCUGAUAACAAAUAAGGAAACAAGUGAAGAGAGCAAAUCUGUAAGUGAAAUCAUCUGCCAGCUAAAGCAAGAUUGUAACUAUACAACUGAACAAGACGUCAAGAGGUCCAUUGAAGGAAUUCAACACAAAUUGGAUAUUCAUGCAGAACAUAAGAAAAGCCGCCAUUUCAAACAACUAGUUACUAAAUACAUACAACUUACAGUACCUAAAGGAUUGACCCAUCCAACAUGGUCCAUUUUAUAUUUGCUCAUCAGAUUAGCAUAUCGGCCAACAGAACACAUUUACCUCACUCCAGAUGGGUGCAUUCUGCAAAACCUUAACAGCGAAACUGAAAAGUAUUCCAAUAAGCAAUUUCAACAUGGUAAAACCCAACUGGUGUCUAAUAAGGAUGUAACACAAUCAAUGCCUGAGACUGUAGCAGUCUCGUGUUAUUCCAUCACUUCAGAAAGUGAAGAGGAAAAUAUGCAAGUUACUAAUACCCAUGAAAUAUUUCAUCAAAAAUUAUGUGUGACUGCAAGCAUUAUUCCCACAUUUUCCAAGCAAAAGCAAUGUUCCAUCAAAAACCUUUCCUUGAAUGGUUUAUUUAAAAAAACACAUGACAAGGAUUCCACAUCAAAGAUUUGGAUUGAAUAUUAUGUACUGCAUGAAGUAUUAUGGACUCUUCAUAAAUCUUGUGGGAAUGAAAAGACCACCAUGAACUCUACAGAAAAUGGCAAUGAAAAUAAAGUGCUUACUGUUGCUGGUCUUCCAUCCUUUAGUGUGAAUUGUUUUUACCCUUUGGUGAAGGCAAUGAAAGAGAUCAACUUCUUUCUCACCAACACAGCACCCCAAGAGCAUACAUUAACUUAUCAGGCAUAUACAGUUGCACUCAGUGGUGUUAUAGCAGAGUUCAAUCAAUCAGUUGCGGAAUAUGAAAAGGGUGUUGCUCAGCAAAAAGCUACAAGUACUAUAAGUCAACUUUUGUUACGCCUAAAAUCGUGGACAUUCAAUAUCAGAGCGAUAGCUGCAAUGCACACAACAAUAAUGCAAAUGUCUUCGUCUAUGGCGGACAAUAAUACUCGCAUCACCCACCUGUUGUCAACUGUAUACGAUUCAGCCCAAAAAGCGCAAGUUACUAGCUACUCUACGCUUUACCCGGUUUUGCUAAAAAUCCUAUUUGCGUCGUUGGAACCUUUUUUUAACAUGGUUGAUCUGUGGCUAGAUCAAGGAGUAAUUGUGGACCCUUACCAGGAGUUUGGUAUUUUACGCAAUGAAGCCGUUUCACCUCAAGAUGAGCGUUUCUGGUCUGAAGUCUUUGUGUCUCGUACCACUCAACCGUUGAUUAGCUUUCUAAAGCCUUUAAUGGACGAUAUUUUGUUGGGAGGCCGUUCAGUUGAACUUCUAACCCAACUUAAAAGAAAGUCAAUGCAUGUGAGCGAUGAUUGUCGCUCAGGCACGCUGAUUCAAACCUUUAGAAACCGCUUCAGUAGGUUCGCAUCAGAUGACUUUGAAUGUGGAAAAGUAUUCCAUUCAUCAAAUGGCACGGUGACGACCAAAAAGUACCCUAAACAGGAAGUUAGGAAUCCGCUCUUGACCAAGGCUUUUGAAACUCUCCGUAAUCAUUCCAGCCAAAGCCAACAUUCUAAAGUUGAGCGGAGUAAAGUUGACGGGGUAUCUGUACCAUUGGAAUUCUAUCCCCUUUUACCUUUGCUGGAAAGAAGUCUACUGGAACCGUUGCGCAGUCGCCAGCGUCUGGUAUGUAGGGCACUUCUCGAUACCUUAUACGAAGACUGUUGCCUCAAAUUGCACAUCCUGACUAUUCGUCGUGUUCACUUGAUGCAAGCCGGAGACCUGAUGGGUCGCUUUUGCCUGCAACUUUUCCAAAAGCUCGAAACCGGUGAAAAGUGGGACAACGAAUCAAGCCUUACGUUAUCUCUGCUCAACUGCAUCUCGUCUCGAAUGGGCCAAUGUGGCUCGUACCUUUCUGUAACUAUUAAAAGAGGAAGCAUUCAACAUACACCAGCAAAUUUGGCGGAUGUACAAAUCAAUUACAAAGUUCCAUGGCCAGUCAACUUGGUUAUCACACAAGAUUCUAUAUCCCUCUACAAUAGCGUGCUCCGUUUUCUUAUGCAAAUUAAGCAAGGAAUGUUUUCUCUUCAACACUUAUCGUUCAAAGAUCUCAAUUGUAUGGACGUUGCAAACGUUAGCCAUCAAAGGCAACAGGAACUGUCAUCUGCUACCCGGCGUCAUAGGUUACAGCUACUGCGAGCUUGGCUGCUUCAUUUCGUUUCUAGUGUGGAUAACUACAUAAUGGAGUGUGUUCUGGAAUCAUCACACAUCCGACUGGAUAUGCAACUAGAAAACGCAGCUCAUCUUGGCCAAAUAAUCGACAGCCACCAUGAAUAUGUAACUUCUAUACAUAAACAAUGCCUGCAACAACCGUCGGGUGCCUUUUUGCGUGAUGCUAUUAACGAGGUGUUAUCCAUUUCACGUGAAGUAGUGAUUGCGUGGAAGAAUGGGCUCGAGCUGGAGAAGUUAAAUCAACUUGAAGAGAAUUACGUGAGGCAUCAUCAGUUUGUGGCAGCUGUCCUUGGCAGUGAUAGCGCCCAUUCCAUGCUUCCUCAUGUCGAAACCCUUGCAGCUGCCUUAAUCCAUAGUUGCCCUGCAACUCGGUAAACUAAACCAAUUUUGUGAUUCCACCUCUUUUUUUCCGCCUGAUGCCUUAUAGUUAUUAAUUUCGAGGCAUUUGAAAAGAAGUUUGUAUGAAACAAAGGCGAGUGAGCAAAUGUGGACUAAUCGCUGAAAUUCCCGAAGAAUAAAUACUUGUCAAUCUCAUUCACAUUUAUCGGUCUUUCAAAACAUGUGGGUGCCUUACGUUCAUAGUUGUAUCAGUAUUUAGUUGAAAAACUACUAAAUCAUUUUUCUCUGUUCGAAGCUCGGUGUUGCUAAACCAAUUUCAGUAUGACUCCCUAGUCCUUACAGCAAGUUUAUGGGGGUGCUGAUGUCAUAUUGUUUGUUUCUUACUCAACGUUUACAAAAUGGAAUUCCAUUUUCAACAUGAUAUCAAUAAAAAAAUGUAUCUGGGUAAGACAAGUUACAAAUUCAAUAACAGACAGAAAGCAUCAGUUAUGCACAGGAAAAUCCUUCUUCUCAUAAUCAAUUUUUUCCAAAUGGCAACAGCCUCAAAAAGGAUGAUGGGAUGAGCAUAUUCAAAGUUGACCUCUUCUGAGAUUAUCUAUCCAAAUAGAAGAUUGAUAUGGACCUUGCUCGCCUCCGAGUUCAGCUGGCAAAAUUUCUCGCGAUACAGCUUGAUGCAAGAUAGACAAGUUAUUUCCAUAGCUGAUGAUCUAGUUAAAAGUUUAAAAA